AUGCCUGCUAGACACGUUCGGCGUACACCACAAGAACAAGAACAAUAUCAACAAGCUAAGCGGGUUCGUGAUAGAGAAAAUGCACGUCGCCGACGACAAGCUGCUCGAGAUGCAACUUACCAACGAAAUGAAACAAUAGAAUCUGAUUAUUUAGGCCCUAUGGAUGUAUUAUGUUUACAUUGUGAAGCUAAACAUUUUAAAGAUGAAAGAAUUUCUAAUAAGGGUUUUUCAUUUCACGAAUGUUGUAAUCACGGCUCAGUUUCAUUAGAUCCUUUACCCGAAUUUCCAUCUCAACUUUAUAAACUUUUUACUAGCCAGCAUCCGAAGUCAAAUUUAUUUAUAAAAGAUAUUCGCCCUUAUAAUAAUUCACUUUCUUUCGCAUCUUUCAAUGCAAAUUUGUUUGAUUUUAGACCAAAUCGUCCUGGACCAUUCUGUUUUAAAAUACAAGGGCAAAUAUACUAUCAAAUAAACACAGCAUUAUAUCCAUGUGAUACAGAAAAUCCAACUUACGGACAACUUUUUAUAGUUGAUCAAUUACAAGCAUUAGAUUAUAGAUUAAGUAAUAAUUUAACAUUAGACUCUGAACUUUUAUUAACUUUAGACGGAAUUAUACGUGAAAAUAACAUUUUUGCCCAAUCUUAUGAAAUGAUGAGAUUAGAACUACAAAGACAUCGAAUAGCCAUACGACCAAAUGAAUUUAAUCCAUUCAUAAGAGGUGGUAGAUUAUUUCAACAGUGGAUAAUCGAUAGUUACGUGAAAGUUGAAAAAGAUCGUAUCCAAUAUUGUAAAGAUCAUCAAAAAGAAUUACGAGCUGAUACUUAUAAAGGUCUUAGUGAUUUUAUGCAAAAUACAGCUGUUCAAGUUGGUGGGCAAGUUGGUAAAACUGUUGUUCUUCCUUCAACUUUUAUUGGAUCGCCACGUUACAUGCAAAAAUGUUAUCAAGAUGCUAUGGCAAUCGUAAAUGAAAAAGGAAAACCUGAUGUUUUUGUUACAAUGACAUUUAACCCCAAUUGGCCUGAAAUUAAACAAAAUCUUUUACCUGGUCAACAAGCUUUAGAUAGACCAGACAUUGUAGCAAGAGAAUUUCAUUUAAAAAAAGAUCGACUACUUGAUUUAAUCACUAAAAAAAAUUUUUUUGGUCAAAUUGCUGCUUAUAUUUACGUUAUAGAAUUUCAAAAAAGAGGUUUGCCACAUAUGCAUUUAUUGAUAACUUUAAAAAGUGGAUUUAAAUGGACUACUCCUGAUAUUGUUGAUAAAUAUAUAUCAGCUGAAUUUUCCAAUAAAUCAAAUAAUCAACGAUUAUAUGAUAUUGUGACGGCUAGCCGUCAUGAUGCUGCUACAGUCAUUAUUCAAGAUUCUGAACAAGGUGUAGGUAUUAAUCAUGACGAGAUUAAUAAGUUUAUAGAAACUCGAUAUGUUGGACCUGUUGAAUCUGUCUAUCGUUUAUUAAGCAAACCAUUACACGAUAAAAGCCAUAGUAUUAUUAGAUUACCUGUGCAUUUACCUAAUAAUCAUUCUAUCAUAAUUUCUGACAAUGUCAACGAUCCCUUGACAUUACAAAAUCUAUUAAAUAGUACAAGUAGUAUGUUGCUCGAUUAUUUUAAAUUAAAUAGCGAAAAUGAGAUAGCAAGACAAUAUUUUUAUGCUGAAAUUCCAAAACAUUUUACACAUAAAAAACAAAAAAAUGAAAACAUAUGUUUAGAUAAGUGGAGUACACGAAAAAAACAUUUUAAUGUUAUUGGGCGUAUGUAUUCUGUCAGUCCAACGCAAAUUGAAUUAUUUCACUUAAUAUUAUUACUAUUACAUGUUAAAGGAGCCGUAAGUUUUGAAAGUCUGAGAACUGUUGAUAACGUAGCACAUCCUACUUUUACAGCAGCUUGCCUAGCAUUGGGUCUUAUUGAAAAUGACGAUGAAUGGAAACACGCAUUGGAAGAAGGAUCAAAAUGGAUGAUGCCUCAAAGACUUCGUUAUUUAUUUGUACGAAUUAUGAUACAUUGUCAACCACUUAACCCAGAAGAAUUGUGGAAUCAAUUUAAAAAUCCAAUGUCUGAAGAUUUUUCUCGAUAUUACGAAGAAAGCAUAAGCCACAAAAUGGCAUAUUUUCAUAUUAACACCUUAUUAAAUGAAGAAGGUCGUACUUUAACAGAUUUUCCUACAAUGAAUCAAUUUGUUGAAACAGAAUUUCCAUGUCCAAAUCAAUCAUAUAACGAUAUUUUAUUAAAUACCGUACAAUUGACAACAAAUCCUACAUGUUUGCAACAAAUUGAAGACCAAGGUCAACAACAUUAUAUUAAUUUAAAUCCACAACAAAAACAAAUAGUUAAUACGGUUUUGGAAGCUGUUCAUAAUAUCAAUUAUGUUGGUCCAAAAUGUAUUUAUAUGGAUGGACCAGGAGGAUCAGGAAAAACAUAUGUUUAUGAAACUAUAUAUCAUAAGCUAACUUUAAAAAAUAUCAAAAUAUGCGUAAUGGCAUAUACGGGAAUUGCAGCAACAUUACUUCCACAGGGAAAAACUGUACACAAAACAUUUGGGUUGCCAGUCCCUAUGUUUCAAGAUUCUUCUUCCAAUAUCAGAGCACAAUCUAAAGAAGCUCAACAAUUACGAGAAACUACAGUAUUUAUUUGGGACGAAAUUUCGAUGGCUCCACGGUAUGCAUUGGAAAUUGUUAAUAAAACUUUACAAAAUUUCAUGAACAAUAAUUUACCAUUUGGAGGGAAAGUUAUUAUAGUAGGAGGAGAUUUAAGACAAUUAUUUCCAAUUAAAGUUCAUGGAACUCGAAAUGAAAUAUUAAGUCUUUACGUUAAAUAUAGCACAGUGUGGAAAAAUUUUACUAAAUUUUCAUUAAGUACAAACAUGAGAAUUUUACCAAAUGAAGUAGAGUUUUCCAAAUUUUUAUUAGAUCUUGGUAAUGGUACAUUAAAUGAUGAAGAUGACAAAGUAAUUCUUCCUGAACAGUGUAUAUUACCUCCAAAUGAUGACCUAAUAGACGUUAUAUUUGGAAAAUUAAUUAAAGAAAAGAAAUUCCAAGAAAUGAGCAAAUGUGCUAUAUUAUCAGCUAGAAAUAUUGACGUAGAUGAGAUUAAUAAACAAAUUACUAAUUUAUUGAAUAAUGACUGUGAACGUAUAUAUACUGCUGUUGAUUCCGUUGUUCAUAACAAUGGUGAAAUAGAUGAUGUUAUAUUACCAGAACAUUUAAAUCAUUUAAAUCCACCAAGUUUACCUCAUCACGAAUUACGCUUGGGAAAAAAUUGUAUUAUAAUCUUAAUUAGAAAUAUAAGCAUAAAUGAAGGUUUAUGCAAUGGAACAAGAUUGCAAAUAAUAGAUUUAUCAAACCAUAUAAUAAAAUGUACCAUUUUGACAGGCGACAGAGCAAACCAAAUUGUCUUUUUAAAUCGUAUAACUUUAUAUUCCGAAAACGAUUAUCCAUUUACAUUUAAAAGAAGACAAUUUCCCGUAAAACUAGCUUUUGCAAUGACCAUUAACAAAGCUCAAGGUCAAACUUUUAAAAAUACUGGUAUUGAUCUAAGAAAAGAUGUAUUUCAUCAUGGACAACUUUAUGUUGCAAUGUCCAGAGUUAGAUCUUGGAAUUCUGUCAAAGUAUAUCUAGGCAACCAAAUACAAAGAAAAAAAGUUAAAAAUUGGGUUUACAAAGAAUUGUACACAGAAUUAUGA